AAUUAUACAAAUUUGUUAAAGAUUAAGUGUUGGGGAAGGAAGAUUUUUUAAGUAACAUUUAAAUAUUUGUUCUUGGAAAAUUUCCCAAAAGAAAGGCUUCCUUCAUAUAAACAUAAAACAUAUAGCUAUCUGGAAGAGAAAGAGAGAGAGACCAUGGAAGCCGACGCAGAAGAACAAAGCAGCGAGUCAGGAGGACCAGACUGGGCCGAGUUGACUCACGAGUGCCUCACCAACAUCUUCUCCCGACUCACCAUCCAGGACCGAUGGCGAGGCACCAUGCUUGUCUGCAAGUCAUGGCUCCGCGCCUUCAAGGACCCUUCUCUUCACACCAUCUUCAACCUCGACCCCCAAUUCGACCCUCCCCCCGAGCUUCCCACCUGGUGGGCCCCUCAUUUCGAGCGUAAGAUCGAUUCCAUGCUUUCUUCCGUCGUCCGAUGGAGCCAUGGAUUUCUCACCGAGAUCCGCGUUCGUCACUGCUCCGAUCGCUCUCUCGCUUUGGUCGCCGAAAGUUGCCCAAAUCUUGAGGUGUUGUCGAUCAGGAGCUGCCCUCAUGUUACUGAUGACUCUAUCUCUAGAAUAGCUUUGAGGUGUCCAAAGCUUAGGGAGCUUGAUGUCAGCUACUGUUAUGAAAUAUCCCAUGUUUCAUUGGCAUUGGUUGGAAAAAAUUGCCCCAAUCUUAAGGUUCUCAAGAGGAAUCUCAUGAAUUGGCUUGAUCCCUCCCAGCACAUAGGGAUAGUUCCGGAUGAGUAUCUAAAUGCUUGUCCACAAGAUGGAGAAUCAGAAGCUGCCGCCAUUGCGAAUUCUAUGCCUCAUCUAGAGUCUCUGGAGAUUAGGUUCUCUAAAUUAUCAGCUAAAGGCCUUAGUUUGAUAUGUGAAAGGUGUUCAAACCUUGAGUUCUUGGAUUUGUCUGGGUGCGCUAACUUAACCAGUCGAGACAUUGUGAAUGCAACGCCCAAUUUGGCACACCUGAAAGAGAUUAAAAAGCCAAAUUUCUAUAUUCCCAGGUCUGUCUUUCACACUGAAAGGUAUGGGCAUUGGAGAUUGUAUGAUGAGAGGUUCCAAACUGAUGUUUUUCGAAUCUGAGCAUCGAAGAAGAUCAGUACAAGAAGUUAACUUUUUUAUUCAAUCUUAUUUCUGUUGAUCUAUGGUUGGUUCCAGUGAAAUUUCUGCAGUUAUUAUCAUAUGUUUCUUGUAGGAAUUAUGAUCUGUGUCUAUUUAAUUCCUAUUUGGUUGUAUUGUAUCCCUUCCGUGUUGUGCUUUCUUUAAUGUAUUAUAUAGAAGAACAUUGUCUGAAAUUGAUAUAAUAUAUUACCAAAUAAUGUUGUUCUUGUUUAUACUAAUUUUUUUUCACAUAUUCAACUUUCAUCUUCAUAGAAUGAGUUUUCUAAUUUCUCUCUCACAAGUUAACUUCGUUCACAAUAUAAUACACUAGAUAACAGCAGGAACACAUUGUAUGACUUAACUUGAAUUAACUGGUGGCUUAAAUCCUAAGUAAUGUUUGGGGUACCAAUGUAAUGGAGAAUAAGUUUAGGGUCUCAGAAGAAACGAGUAAUGAGGAAUAAUCCCAAAAUGACAUAAUUGAGUGCAGCCAUGAAAAAGGAUGGAGGUUUGAUUGAACAGCUUGCACUUCUCCGGCCACUGCGUGGCUGAUUUAUGGUCUUUGGCACCGUAGAAGUAUAACCUCCUGCCUUUCCGAACCGCGAAGAACUUGUUUCUUGGACGGCAUGCUGUACUGGUGAUGUUCUUUGAAUGCCUAGUUUGCUUGAUUCCAUGAUCAUAGCUGUGUCUGCAUCAGAUGUGCUCCCAUACUUGAGGAUGUUGAAGAAAAUAAAGACAA